UGUCAGCCUCCGGACCGAGCACAUUGUGCUGCUUUUCCUUUGCCUUGAGUGAGGUUUGAGUGCUCCGAGCACCGGCACGGGCUGAUCCUCUGCACACAGAACUGAGCAGCGUUUGCCCCCAGGGAAAGGAGCUAUUCCAGACCCAACUAAAGGAAUCAUCUCACACGUUUCAACAAUCCCAACCGUUUCUCUGUUUGUUUUAAAGAUAUCACUGUGGUUCUGUUUCAUUUGCAGCGGGAGACUAAAUGACAGCAAGCAGAAUCUGCUGUUAGGUUAGAUUACAAGGAUACUCUCUGGGACACACGAGGCCAUGCAGGCGACACCACUGCUCUGUUCUUUCCUGCUCGUCUCCCUGUGUGUUGAUUUUUGUCCCAGUGAAGGCAGUGCCCUUCCCGGGAGGCACAGCAGGAGGAUGCACCACCGAGGCCUGGGAAGGGGCUCCCUGGCAGGGCACAGGAUCCCGAGGCAGCCAAGGAUGGAGGUCCCAGAGCCCGCUGUGCCCGGGAUACCCCUCAUUAACAUCGACGACAGCGUCAUGGGAGUGUUUGACUCUCUCAUAGGGUUGGGGGAACACGAGUCCAGUUACAGUGUCCUGCCAGGGAAGAAGGGGCAGUGCUCAGCUAACGGGAUGAUCAUGUUCGACAAAGCCGUCUGGUCUCCCAGGCCCUGCGUCACCUGCCUCUGCUCCCAGGGAGAGGUGAUCUGUGACACCACCAUGUGCCACCCCUUGAAAUGUCCCCACACCGUCAUACCCGAAGGGGAAUGCUGCCCAGUUUGCUCUGAUACUGGCUCCUCUUUGAAUUCAAGUAUUAUUUCACUGGAUGACAUAAGUGAGUUGUCUGGAGACUCUCCAGAACCCAACGACCUUGAUACCACCAAUGUCUUGCCAUCAGCAAGGACUCAGACUGGAAAGGAUGAACUGCUUCAAACAGAAGUGACAGAGGUUAAGGAGGGUCACAGAAAGGGUGAAAAGAAAAGAAAAAGGAAAGGCAAAAGGAAUCGCCAGAAGCACAAAGGCCAUCGCAGAGGAAAGAGGCCCAGCACAAGAACAGGAGCUGCAGAAGGAGAACUGCAUUCUGACAGUGAGGAAGAUGAUGGUCCUUUCCGAAUUCCACCUCAUUUCCCAAUUCCUGUUCCACCUGUGGAAGCUCCUCCUUUGCCAUCUGGAUGUUCCACCUCAGACACCACAGUAAGCUGCAUUAAUGCCAAACUUACACAAAUACCACCAAUCUCAGAUCCAGAUCUCACAAGUUUAGACCUUACAGGAAACAGCAUCACCACUAUCUCAGAUGAAGCAUUCAACGGGAUACCUAACUUGGAAUGGAUUGAUCUGAGUAAAAAUAAUAUUACCUCUCCUGGCAUAGGUCCAAAAGCAUUCAAAAUCCUGAAAAAGCUGAAACGUUUGUAUUUGGAUGGAAAUCUGCUGGUCCAUAUUCCCUCUGAACUGCCAUCAACUUUGGAAGAAAUAAAAAUAAAUGACAACCACCUUCAUGCCAUUGAUGAAGAUGGCUUAAAAGGUUUAAAGGACUUGGUCACUCUGGAAUUAGAAGGAAAUAAACUCAGUGAAGCGAAUGUCAGUCCUUUGGCCUUUUAUCCUUUGAAAAGUCUUUGUUAUUUGCGACUGGGAAGAAAUAAAUUUAGAAUUAUCCCACAAGGUCUUCCUGCCACUCUCGAGGAGCUGUAUCUUGAAAAUAAUCAAAUUGAAGAAGUGUCAGAAAUUUGCUUUAACCACACAAGAAACAUCAAUGUCAUUGGGCUAAAGCAUAACAAAUUAGAAGAGCACAGAAUAGCACCUUUGGCCUGGAUAAACCAAGAGAACUUGGAAUCAAUCGAUCUCUCUUACAAUAAAUUGUAUCAUGUUCCCUCCUACCUGCCAAAAUCUUUACUACACUUGGUACUUAUAGGAAACCAGAUAGAAAGAAUCCCAGGUUACGUGUUUGGCCACAUGAAGCCGGGGCUGGAGUAUCUCUACCUGUCCUUUAACAAACUCACCGACGAUGGCAUAGACCCGGUGUCGUUUUUUGGAGCAUAUCACUCCCUGAGGGAGCUGUUUCUGGAUCACAAUGAACUUAAGUCUGUGCCAUUUGGAAUUGAUGAAAUGAGAAAACUGCGUUUUCUGAGACUGAACAACAACAAAAUAAGGGCGCCCCCCCCCCACCGCAGCAGCACCCCCCACGGCGACGACGACGACAGCGAGGAGGAGGAGGAGGACAAUGAAGAUUCCCGUUUGGAACACGUGCAUCUUGAAAACAACUACAUCAACACGAGAAAGCUCUCCCCACACUCGUUUUCAUGCAUCAGAUCCUACUGCAGUGUUGUCCUUAAGCCACAGAAGAGCAAAUAACCCCCCUCCAGUUCUGCACUGCAACCCCCCAUCUCUAGAAACACGGCUUUAUUUAUUCUCUGCCACUAACAGGUCUGCUUGGCUCUACUACUAUAAAUAAGAUUCUGUAUGUCAUAUACUGAAUAUAUGACAGUAGUGUUUUUCUUCAUAUUGUUUCACUACAAAAACAUUAAAUGUAAAAAUA